GCAACAAAAUGCGAUCGUUAAAAAAUUUAUUGUGAAAUUUAUCAAUCCAUUUUUUCUUCCAAAUUCCAAAAUUUUAGUUUAUAAUUAAAAAAAUUUUUACAAUAUGACAAAUUAACAGUUCCAUCAUUUGUGCUAUAUUUUUAUUAAAUAUUUUAAAAUUGAAACAUAAUGCAAACUACAACAAUUUGUAAAGUAAAAGCAACACCGUCAAUAUGUUUUCGUCCUAAAAGUACGAUAUCAGAACAGCAGAAAUGCGAUCAAGAAAAGUCGCCACUUAUAUCAGCAUUUCUCAUGAUCCCAUUUGAAGAAAAAAUACAUCACACAACAAAAGUAUCAAAUACUUAUAACAUAAAAAGUAAACAAAUUUCGAAGCCUACAAAUGGCUUAAAAUUUCCUGAAAUGCGAAAUGGUAUUUUAUUUACAAGAUGUCAUUGUGUACAUAGAGAUGGUCUUCAAGAUUCUUGUCCAUUAAGUCAAUGUCAACAGGAAUCUGAUUGUUUGGUCAAGCCAUGGCCUAAGUGUCCACCAGCAAAAUAUUUGCAAUCUCGACAUCCAGAACAGUAUCCACCGUUUAAAUAAUGCGAGAUCUCAGACAGCCAAAUAUAUAUUCAAUACAUGUUACACACAAACAAAUAUCGAUUUAGAAAAAUAAAAUUUAAUUUUAAAUAAUUUAUAGUAGAACAUUUGAAAAAUACAAUUAUUAUUU